AGGUUGAUUGAUAAUAUCAAUACUUUUUGAAUGCAACCCAAAUGUUAUAUUUAACUACAACCCUUUAUUCUGCUCAUUGUAAUGCUCCUUGGUUUCAUUCAUGGUAUAGUCCUCCUAAUAGAACUAGAAUAAAAAAUAUUGUUGAUACUGUUCAGAUUAUAAUGUCUGAAGUUUUAAAAAUAAUUACAAUUGGUAGAAUUAGUGCAAUUUCUACAUCAAAAAUUAAAAAGAUUACUGCGAUUAGGAAGAAUCGUAUUGAGAAUGGUAUUCGUGCUGAUCUUUUUGGAUCAAACCCACAUUCAAAUGGUGAUCUUUUUUCUCGAUCAUUAAUUAAUUUUUUUGAUAGUGUUGUUGCCAGGAUUAUAACAAUUAUUGGAAUAAUAAAUCUAAUGAAAACUCUUGUUGAUAGAAUUAGAAUUGUUUUUCUUGAUUUAUAUCAAGCUUUCUGUUUGGAAGUCAAAUGUACUAUUUAUACUAGAAAAACAAUUAUCUACCUCAUCAAUAAAUAGAGAUAUAUAAGAAUAAUCAUACUACGUCUACGAAGUGUCAGUAUCAUGCUGCUGCUUCAAAUCCAAAGUGAUGUCUUGGUGAAAAUUGAUUUAUUGAGUGUCGAAGUAGACAUGUUGAUAAAAAGAUUGUUCCAAUAAUUACGUGUAAACCAUGGAAUCCUGUUGCAACAAAGAAUGUUGAUCCAUAAACUGCAUCUGCAAUGGUAAAAGGUGCUUCUCAAUAUUCAUAUGCUUGAAGUAUUGUAAAGUAUAGUCCUAAUAACACUGUGAAGAAUAAUCCUUGUAGUGCUUGAGUAUGAUUAGAUUCCAUUAAACUAUGAUGUGCUCAUGUUACUGUUACUCCUGAUGCUAAAAGAAUAGCUGUAUUAAGUAAUGGAAUUUGUAUAGGGUUAAAGGGUUGAAUUCCUAUUGGAGGUCAUAGUAUUCCUAGUUCAAUUGUUGGUGCUAAUCUUCUUCUAAAGAAUGCUCAAAAAAAGAAACGAAAAAUAAUACCUCUGAUGCAAUAAAUAAAAUUAUUCCUCAUCGUAAUCCAAUUGAUACAAAUCCUGUAUGUAAUCCUUGAUAUGUUCCUUCUCGUACUACAUCUCGU